CCGAAAACGAACCCGUCAUCACAAACAACUUCGCCAACCAACCCAGCAAAGAGCCAAGACAACCAGCAGAACGAACGAGCAAACAAACACACAACAAGUCGGACAGUGAGACAGCAACGUGUGCAGGCAGCUAGCUGUGGUGAAGAGGCCACACACCAAGCAAGCGGUGAAAGAGCUGUCAAGAGGAGAGACCGCGAGCGAGGAGUAAAGGGAGAAGACGCAACGCCACAACGACCAGCCACCUCACAAGGGGGACACAAAAGGAGAACCGGUUGUUGCUCCCGUUGACGCUCUCGUCACCCAUCGUCGUUGAUCGCCACCGCCGUUGAACGCCACCGCCGUCGUUAGCUGCCAGUGUUGGUCGCCAUCACGCCGCGUUCACCAUGCCCGCAAAGAAGAAGAAGCCAGCAAGCGCCAAGGAGAAGAAGGACGCAAAGCCCUCCAGGCCAACCCGCUGCGGACCAGACUUUGAGUGGCAGGCGCAGCCGAAACUGGUGACUGCAGCAGAGAAGAACGACCUGGAUCGCGUGGAGCGGUUGUUGGUGCGCGGUGAGGACCCAAACGAAGCCCUGCAUUUCGCCAUUGGCAGGGGUCGACUCCAAGUUGCCGAGAUGUUGCUCAAAGCCGGCGCUUCCGUGCACACCGAAAUCAAGGACGGCGAUUACUGGUUGCCUCCACCCGCCCCACCAAAGGAGGAAAAGUCCAAGUCCAGCAAGAAAGGAAAGAAGGGCAAGAAGGGAAAGAAGAAGAAGUGACCACAUUCACACACACACACACACACACACACAUUGCUCUCUUUCCUGGCUUGCGGCUCGCGCAAGCGCUCUCCUAGCUCUUCUGAACCCCUCGUUUUACUUGCUUACUCUUUGUGCAUGCUUGGGCCGCUUGUUUGCCGUUGUACAUAUCCGUUGCGCUUUGUUUCCAACAACAUCUCGCGUUGUCACGUGAUCUGACGUGGUGUGAGAACAUGGCUGAUUGUCCUGCGCAAGCGCGCGCACAUGUGUCCAUUGUCGCACGUGUGUUUUAGCCUUCUUCUGAUUGACUCACACGUGCACUUGUCGAAGGGCGUAUUCGACCUCCACUUGCUGCUCCUGCCACAUAUGUUGUACUGCAAUUAACACCACCCCAUCCACCA